AUGUCGAUUCCCAAUUCAAUUGAUAGAUACAACAUGAAAGAGCUUCUUGGAACUGGCGCCUUUUCAGAGGUUCAUUUAGCUGAGGACAAGUUGAAUCCUGGAACGUUUUGUGCAAUAAAAUGCAUAAGGAAGCAUGGUCAUCCCGAGAAGAGUGGCGUAAAUACUUUUGACGAGGAUGACUUUAAGUCUCGCGAAGCUUCUUUGAAAAAUGAAAUCUCGGUUUUGCGUAGGUCUGGCUUUAAUUAUUGCGCCAAAUUAUUUUGUAGGCUUAGCCACCCAAAUAUUGUGCAGUUAUUUGAUGCAUUCGAGGACGAAGAUUCGUACUACUUGAUAAUGGAGUUGGUGACGGGUGGCGAACUUUUCGAUCGCAUUGUUGACAAAGGCAGCUUCACAGAAAAGGAUGCUAGUGAUUUAAUACGACAGGUUCUUCUGGCCACCGAAUACAUGCACAGCCGGGAAGUGGUUCACAGAGACUUAAAACCGGAGAAUCUGCUCUUUCACAGUCCUUUGCCAACGAGUAAGAUCAUGAUUAGCGAUUUUGGGCUUUCAAGAAUCGAUGGGACUGAGGAGUCUCUUUCCACAGCUUGCGGCACUCCAGGAUACGUCGCCCCGGAAGUUCUUUCUGCACAAGCGGGAAGAAAGGGUUAUGGGAAAGAAGUCGACUGCUGGGCGAUUGGUGUCAUCACCUACAUCCUAUUGUGUGGAUAUCCACCGUUCUACGAUGAAAGCGAUCAGGAACUGUUUCGACAAAUCCAAAAGGCUCAUUACGAGUUCGAUUCGCCUUACUGGGAUGAAAUAUCUGAUUCAGCGAAGAGCUUCAUCCGCAGUCUGCUGCAGAAGGAUCCAAGCCAGAGAGCGAGUUGCACGCAGGCACUGGCACAUCCUUGGAUUGCCAAAAACGCUGCCCGAGACGUGAACAUCUACGCCCACGUGAGCGAAAACAUCCGCAAAAACUUCCUCGUUCGUCAGCGCUGGAAAGUAGGUUUUUGCACAUGA